UAUGAGUACUUUUAUAAUUUGAAACUUUGAAUAUGUAAUUGGUUUUAUUUACAGUAUUUAUACAGUAGUAGAUAGUAGUGUUGAUGCCCAGUUAAAUCAAGAAAUAUUUGCUCUGUAAUUUAAUAGUUGCAUACAGUAUAAAGUGAUGGCAAGAAAUUAGCUAAUUUGGUAUGGCUAAACAUUUUAAACGAGAGUCAUGUUUAGAUGCAAUUGAAGAAACAGAGGAGCGAGUGGAUUACCUUAAGGAAAAGAAUGAAAAUUUGGACAUCAAAAAGCCUGCAAUCUUCAAGCACAAAGAAACCGUUGAUGUGGUCCAAGCUGAAAAAGAUAUUGAGAAGGCGCAGGAAGAAUGGGAUAAUUUAGGGUCCUCCGUUCACGGUGUAUUAAUCACUCCCUUAAAGACUGAUCCUAUUUCUUGUGAAGAAGUCUUGCAUUACUUUAAAUCAAAAGACAUGAAUAAAUAUAUGAAUAGUAUCAAACCAGUUAAACAGAGGAAAGGUUUUGGUGCUCUUAGGCAUUGGAUAAUAGGACCUCCUAAGCUUCAUGAAAACUUAAUUCCUGAUAGAAAUGUAUUUUUUGCCAUAGCAAUGUGCCCUUUUAACACAAGUGAGGAGGUGCAUAUGAGAGUGUUGCAAACGCUUUACAAAGCACUUACAUAUACAGAUAAAGACUGUCCACGAUAUGGACCACAUUGGGAGGAAAUCGGAUUUCAAGGCAUUGAUCCUGGAACUGAUUUAAGAGGUGUUGGAUUUCUAGGGCUUAUACAUUUACUUUAUCUUGCCUUAAACCCCUCUACUUUAGAACUCACCAGGGAGAUAAUGCAACUGUCUAAAACAGAGAAUCAAAAUUUUCCUUUUUGCACAAUGGGUAUAAAUAUGACAAGAAUUGUAUUAGAAGUCAUGCGUGAAGAAGUUCUGAACAGAGAAUGCAAUGGAAAAAUGGAUGUUUUUCAAGUUACUAAUGAUUUUUAUGCGGGAGUGUUUCUUCGGUUGCAGUACAUUUGGACUGAGCAAAAAAAGACAAUCAUGGAUUCUGGUUACGUUAUAAAAGAUUUAAGCUCUUUUGCAAAGAAGCAUUCAACUGUGAUAUUAAAAGAUUUUUCUGAAUAUGUGAAAAGAAGGAAAAAUCUCCCUAGCUGCCAUUUAAAUGGACCGUCAAGAAAUAAAGAUGAUGGAGUGGUGAUAAAAGUAUGAAGUACAAAAAACAAAAUCUUAAUCUAGUUUCACUAUUUUUAUACAGGAUGGGGCAAAAGGUAUAAAUUGGUUUCAAUUAGCCAGUACUCGUCCUGUGGUGGUGGUGGGAGGAGGGGAGGGGCCUCGUUGUGGCAAUGGAAGAAUUAAUUUUCAUUUGCAACCAUGGUUUGGAUGGAGAGCAUCGUGGGUUUGCUAUUAGAACUUUUUAUGGGAAUGGCCAUAUCACCACGCAGAGGGCCUUCCGACAGAUUUUCCAUGAAUGCAUCACAGUUGGAUGCCACCUGAUGUCAUCUUUAAAACUUAAUGGAAAAAACUAGAUUGUCUACUGUGUGGAACAAUAUAAACAUAAUUUCUGCAAGUUGAGUUGUUUUUGUUUUACAUCCCUUUACAACCAAUUCAGAUCUUUUGCCCCAUCAUGUAGUUUGUAAAUAUGCAAUUUUUACUGUGAUGAAAGAAAAGAAAGUGUACUUCAAAAUCCUUUUUGAAAGUAUUUAACUUUUUUUUUCAUUCUGAUUUAAGUUAAUUUUACACAACAUUAAAAUUUUAUGCAGAUGAAAUACACUCAUCUUUGAAGUAAGAAAAAACAACGUUAAAAAAAGCACAAAUUUGCCAAUCUUGCUGUAAUUGGCAAAUUUGUGCUUUUUUUAACGUUUUUUCUAAGUUUAGUGCUCAGCACAAAGGUAUUUAUUUAUCUUAACUCAUCUUUGACCCAUAGGUAUUCUCUCACACUUAACAAUUGACAAAGUUAUGCAAUCCAUGCAAAAAUGUAUCGCAUUCAAAUACGUUCAUGUAUUUUUUAAAACUUAUUUUUUAACAUACAUCAA